GACUUGUCUGCCGAUAACCUUAAGUCGCAGCUACCGGAAUCCAGAUUGAGAGGUUACCGUGGUGUUUCCACACCAUCAACCUCAACCAAGCCCAUCUAUGCGUCCUAUGACAACAGACUCAACACCAGAGCUUCCACGCUCUUGAUUGCCCUCAUAAUGAUACAGCUCCUUGCACAAGCGGCUGCGGGCUUGUUGCUGCUGGACGCGGUACAGGCUCAGAAAUAUGGUGCCUCGGAACAGCAGCUGGUCAACACCUUCCACUAUGCGGAAGCCUGUCCGGACUAUACUCAAUACUCAGCUUUUUCACACCACCCUCUCAGCGACGGACCUCUUCAGCUACCGUUUCAGCGUCCCGCUCGACAAUGUCGCACCUUUCACUCGGACGCCAUCGAGAAAGUCAUCGAGGAUGUGACCUCGCGCAUGAUAGACCCCGAUCUGGCACGCUUGUUCGAGAACGCCUUUCCUUCCACCACAGAUACCACCGUCAAGUUCCAUACCGACGGAACGUCUAGUAGGAAGCAGAACAACAAGAAGAAGGACGAAUACGACGAUCUCAAAUGGGAGGGUCCGCAUUCCUUCAUCAUCACAGGAGACAUCAUUGCCGAGUGGCUGCGGGACUCCACGAACCAGCUGACGCCCUACCUUCCACUGGCAAACAAGGAUCCCGCCAUAUUCCAACUGAUCCUCGGAGCUGUCAACACACAGGCCGAAUAUGUUAUCGAGUCGCCGUACUGCAAUGCCUUCCAACCGCCUCCCAUCAGUGGGCUGCCGGUCAGUCAGAAUGGACAAAACGAUGUCGUACACCCGGCUUACGAGCCAUCGUCCGUAUUUGAGUGCAAGUACGAACUUGACUCGCUGGCCCAUUUCCUCGCCUUGGGUAACAACUUUUAUGAGCACACGGGAUCCACAGAGCACCUAAACGGCCGCUGGUACCUGGCUUUACAGACCCUCCUGGGUGUCCUACAGCAACAAUCACAACCCACGUUUGAUCCUGACACAGGCCGGUACUGGAGGAAUGAUUACACCUUCCAGCGCCAAACCGACACCGGGACUGAGACUUUGAAUUUGCGAGGUGUUGGUAAUCCUCUCAACUUUGGUACAGGCCUCGUGAGGUCUGCCUUUAGACCCAGUGAUGACGCCACCAUUCUCGGUUUCUUCAUUCCAGCCAACGCUCAAAUGGCAACCGAGCUGAAGCGAACAGCUGCCAUGUUGAAGAAAGCAGGCAGAGAUUCCAUUUCCGAGACAGUAAGCAAAUGGAGCGAAAAGAUUACCAAGGGCAUCUGGGAGCACGGUGUGGUUCAGCACAAGAAGUUCGGCCAGGUGUUUGCGUACGAAGUUGAUGGUUACGGCUCUUCUAUUCUGAUGGAUGAUGCCAACUACCCCUCGCUUCUGGCUCUUCCCCUUAUGGGCUUUGUGCAUGCCGACGAUGAGACAUACAAAAACACACGAAAGAUGCUACUCGCCAAGGAGUCCAAUCCGUACUACUUGACAGGCCGUGAAUUUCAUGGUAUCGGAGGACCUCACAUUGGCUUACAGAACGCAUGGCCCAUGAGCCUGCUGGUCCAGGCACAAACAUCAGAUAACGACACCGAAAUCGCUGAGUGUAUCAACUUCGUCCUCAGUUCCAGCAAACUUGGAUUGAUUCACGAAAGCGUGGACGUCAAUAGUGUUGUUUCUUACACAAGAAGUUGGUUCGCAUGGGCAAAUGGAGUAUUUGCUACAACCAUACUAGACCUGGCUAAGAGGAAACCACAUUUAAUCUUUAAGGACGGGAACACGUACGAAAUUUGAAGAAGUAGAUAAUGCGUUUUUAAAGAAGAAAAGAAGAGAAAAGAAAAAGAAAAUAGUAUACUAAGAU